GCAAAAUGGCUUUGCACAGGCAGAAAAUUAUGGCGCAAAAUUUAGGCGACGAGUUUGAAGUUCUUAACAUAAAAGCUCUGGAAGACAACGAUUAUUCUCGAUGGAUGGAAAAUUUGCCAAAUGAAAAGCAACUAAGUCCACUGAAAGAUUUAGUGAUCCCAGGAUCUCAUGAUUCGGGAACGUUUUUUCUGGAUCAAAACAUGGAGAUUGGUCCCGAUGAAUCAUCUGCCAUUCACACGCUCGGGAGUAUUUUUGGGAAAGUAGCAAAGUCUGUGAUCCACAGUUGGUCCGUCACACAGUCAAUGACAAUUUACGAGCAGCUACUGUCGGGCAUUCGCUAUCUGGAUCUCCGUGUCGCGUACAGAGCCGAAGAUAAAAAGAUACGUGUUGUACACGGUUUGUUUGGUUGGACGAUUGAUCAAGUCUUGGACGAAGUGAACCGAUUUGUGGCGAAUUAUCCGAAAGAAAUUGUCAUUUUAGACUUCAAUCAUUUCUACAAAAUGGAUCAAGCUGCUCAUGAAACACUCGCAGAUACUCUGCUUGCUUCGUUCAGCGAGAUUUUCCGCGCUCCUGGCGCAGAUGGCCCGAAUGUCACCCUUCAAGAGAUGUGGGGAAACGAAGAGAAGGUCAUCAUUAUUUAUCACGACUAUGAUGUGGUUGAUACUUACCCCUGUUUCUGGCCACCCCAUCUAAUCUGCUCCCCGUGGCCGAACACAGCGGAUAAGAAACUGCUGUUGGAAUUCCUCAACAAACAGUCAGAAGCGUCCAGUUUUUCGGAAGAUGCUUUACAAGUAACACAAGCUAUCCUCACGCCACAAACUUCAACUGUGUUUCAAAACAUGACAAGCACUUUAAAAGAUGUUUUGGCUUCAAGAUGCAACUGCUAUGUGACCGGGUGGCUGAAGGCCCUUUGUGGCACCAAGUGUCACAAGUUUAAUAUUAUCAUCGCUGACUUCGUUGAAUUUGGCGAUUUUAUCCCAACUGUUAUCAGCCUGAAUUAUUUUUUCUGACCUGCUAAUAUAUUGACAGACUAUAUAAAAGUGAAGCCUAAAUUUUUGUUACUAAAGACAAGGCUGUUGAAAAGGGCUAUCUGAAAAAAGUGAUUUGUGUGGAUAUCAACCAUCCUUAAUUUCAGCUGUGCCCCUAACUUUCUUGAUGUCCUGCAAUGAGUCAGCAAAUUAAAUGGCUGACUGAUGCUUUGCUCACACCAGGUUUGGGCAUGAGUUUCAGGCCUUUGGACUAAAAACAUUGAUCACAGUGCAGCUUAUGCCUGAUGCCUUACCAUAAACCUUGCUUUGUUACAGCUUUGCGAGAAACACUCUUUAAAAGUAUAAGAAACAAGCUAGAACUAAUCUGAGUAAAAUUGAUACUGUAAAUAAGUGCAAUUUGCCCAAAAUCUCAGUGUUUCAAGGAAAGUUUAUAGGAGAGGAGAUUGUGUUGGAGCAAUGUCAAGAUGUGUUGGUAAGGAAUGAUUAUUUCCUCUCCAAAAAAAAAAAUGUCAUUGUCUGGUAAAAAAGAUGACAGCUACUAUGAACUUGCUCUUGACCUCUUGGUAAAGCCAAGGAAGGUCUGUAGGGCAUCUAUCUGUAAUAAACAGACAUAACAUCUUGGCGGAGAGAUUGCUGAAAUAUACUUUGGUUAUCAGUGGUGAAAUAUUCCACAGCUACGACAAAUUCACAUCUAAGUGAGACUAUAAAAAGUCUGUGAGGUAUCUUUCUGUAAUAUACAAACAUAAAUUCAGCCUUAAAAAUUAUAUGUUGGCCUAGAGAUAGCAGAGAUAUGGCUUUGGUUAAUUUUGGUCAGUGAAAAAUCAACAUAGAUAGACUGAUUCAUCAGUUAACCCUGAAACAGCCAUAGGUGACCAAGACAGAAUUUCUCAUCACAAUAUCAAUACAAUAUCAAGCAGAAAAGUAAUGUGAAUACAGAAAUUAAAUUAAAUUAAGGGAUUCUCAGUUGAUCCAUUACCAAAUUAUUUAAAACCAAAAUCAACAAUUAUGUAGCAGUCAGUAGGGAGAAUUACUUAUGAGAUCAUGUGAGUGAAAGAGUUAACUUAACCCUUUGAGUUGAAUCAUGACCUGGCGUUCUGGGAAGUUAACCUUGAAAGGCCAUGUUUGGUCACUUUAAUAUCAGAGUGUUUAUAUAUUCAGUGGCCAAUAUCUUGACCAAGAGAAUUGCUUCUUUUAAGAGCAUGCUCUAGUCAAGAUAAAUUUAGGGAGAUCAUAUCUAAUGCUUGUUACUAGACAUACGCUGGAAGAAAGUUAUUCUUAUUGUCUUUGCUGAUUAAAUAAGUUUUUCAUGAGAGAGAUUUAACACAAUUAAAUAUAAAAAAAUUCAAUUUUGUCAAGUUCAAAAGAGCUCAUUAUUAGGAGAUCCUUGUUCUGGAUUUAAACAUUCCUGGGAGAGUACAUUUUAAACAGCAAAGCAUUGCAAUAUUCGAGUGUUUUUUUUUUUUCCAUUUUAACCUCUUUUGCGUGAAAUCAUAAGCUAAACAGGUUUAUCUUUCAGCAUCAUCCAUGAUGUCUAUGUGA